AUGGACAGGAAAGCCUCAGGUGGUACCAUUGGAGGGCUGACUAUGGUGGACAGAAAUGUUGAUGCCUCUGAUUAUGAAGAGGAUUUGGAGGCGCUUGAGGAAAAGUGGCACUUCCUGCUGAAGAUUCAGAUAGAGAUUGGGAUUGGGAUUGGGAUUAUGUUUGGACUUCUUGCUAUAAUUUAUGGAAUUUUGUUGGGAGAACAAGAUAUAAGUUGGAAGCUUGAGGAGGCUAUUCAGCUUUUUUAUAUAGGCAGUGAAGGCGGCACUGUAGUGGGAGGAUCGUCUUCUCAAUUUCCGCCUACAGAAAAUAUUGAAGCUUUGGCUGAACAGACUGCUCGUGAAGCCGAAAGGAAUUUGGCACCGAUUGUUGGAGAUGAAGUACGCCCUCCUUUACCUGUUAGCAGGGAAGCCCUUUAUGAUGAUGCCUUAAUGGCAUCAAGAAUGAGAAAUCCAUCCUCUGAAUCAAACUCAUUAAUUGAUUUCCGUAAUUUUGAUGAAGAAAUGAAACGCCCUGGGGUUUGGGAAUCAGAGCAAGGUGUUGCAUCAACAGCAGAUAAUGCUCGGGAUAAUCUGGCCUCCUUAUAUCGACCUCCCUUUCAUAUAAUGUUUCAGGGAUCAUUUGAAAAGGCAAAGGGAACUGCCUCUUCUCAGGACAAAUGGCUCUUGGUAAACUUGCAGCUACUAAGGAGUUCAGCUCACAUAUGCUUAAUCGAGAUACAUGGGCUAAUGAAGUUGUCUCUCAAACGAUCAGUACAAACUUUGUCUUUUGGCAGAUUCCUUAUAUCUAGUAGCAAAUGCCUAUUUUCAUAUUGUUUCAAGGCCUUUUGUGGUGAUGAUGAUCUGUGUUUGCUGUUGGUGGUGGUGAAUGCCAAAGGCGAUGGUUGA